AUGUUUUUCUUUUUAGUUGCAAUAUUUUACACUCUGCUGAUACAGUUUGCGUUGGCUGGUCCAAUACACAGAAAUUACGAUGUGGUAAGAAGGGGCGAUACCCCUUCGAAGCGCUUCAUAGCAUUUUCGAAUCCUAUUUCAUUCCAUCUACUCCACGCACAAGAAACCGGCGCAACAGGAGUCUCGCCACCAACAUCUGAACCCACCCCUCCCACCUCAACCUCGAAUGGCAAAGAGGACGGAAAGGUGCCAGCUGUUGGAGUUGGAGCAGGAAAUACAUCGCUUCUUGCGCUACUAAGUUCAACCUUGACAAGCUCGACUGAAACCGCUACCUCAACCAUUCCGCCGUCAUCAAGCGGUGUUGCGAUCAAUCCGACCAAUUCUCAGGUCCAAGAGGCUGCUCCCGCUUCCACGCAGUCCAAGCAAGACGGCAAAGUUCCAGCGGUUGGAGUGGGGUCCGGCAAUACUUCAUUGCUUGCAAUACUUAGCUCUGCCAUUGAUGCAGCUACUCAGACCUCUGUUGCUGUUGCCGCAAGUUCCACCGUUGAGGCAGCCAUUCCAUCGUCUCCGUCUAUUGCUGCCAGCUCCACCGUAGACGCCACCGCAGAGUCAUCUACGCCUGAUGCUGCUAGCUCUACAGUGGCUACCGUAGUUGAACCCUCUACAUCAAGUACUAUCGAAGGAGGCGUUCCGCCACCUUUGCCCAGCUCGUCCAGCUCUACAAUCGACCCCAAUAUUCAAACUUCCACCUCUGCCGUUGCUGUUGAAGUGCAGCCAACUCAGACCACAAUUCAGAAUGCUGAAUCGGUAGCCCUGAGCUCAACAUCAUGUCCGAGUAUGAGCACAACCUCUGCUAGCCAAGACAACACCAGCGUUGUUCCAAUUCCGGCCACACAGGAAUCCUCGAGUACUAUUGAAAACGCCGCCGCUUCUGAGGCAAAUUCGCAAUCAGGCACUCCGACUGGUUCACCAGUACCCGCACUCGGUUCGCCAGAACAGUCUAUCCCUCCAGUCCCAGUCCCGGAACCAACAGUCGACCCAGCAGCCCGCCUACCUUUUAGCGAAUCAGCACCUGCAGCCCCAGAGACACCAUUAGCGCAGUCUAUUGAGUCUUCCGUCACGCCAUCCGGCGAGACCGCCGAGACACUCACCAUUAGUCUUCCUGUAACCAUGGUUACCACGGUCUCUGAUACGUCCGAGUCUCCUUCCGUUCCGGAAAUAUCAUCAGCAUUGACAUCCCCUGGCCCUCUAGCCUCAACUACCGUCACUCCACUGGUGAGCCCAGAGAGCUUGGUCACACCCAGCGACCCACUAGCUCCCACGCCCACACCUCUUGUGGCAAUCCAAACACCGGGGGCCUCUUCCGAGGCUACACCGCCGGUACCAACUUCUGCAUCUACUGGGAGUGCAGCGGAUAUUACAAUACCCUUAGGCGCAUUCUCGAUCAUACUGCAAUCAGCCCCCGUCCCUACCGCGAGUGGUAACACCGUCAUACCUGUCAUGGGCCCCUUUCUUACCGUGACAGUAACUACCACUGUAACCGCAGGAUAA